ACAAUAUUUGAGAUACCGAAAAUGAAAGCUCCACCCCCUGCCCCAAAAGCAUAAUUCGACUUUACUUUUUUUUUUUUUUUUUUAUUGUAUAAUCCCUCAUUUUUAUUACAAUGAACAUCAUGUUGCGUAGUACUAGUCGUUUGGUUGUUGGUCGUACAUUGAACAGGUGUCGUUAUUUGAGCGUGAGCCGAGUUCCUUUUGAGAAAAAGUCAGAGGAUCCUUAUCCCAACCUUGCGAUUCGUCAUUCAGCAGAAGCCGCACUGGACAGUUCUUAUCCCAACUUACCCCCCAUUCCUCGCCCCAACGAAAGCACGGAGAACAAACGUCGUCGAUUAGGAUAUCAAAGUCGAAAGCGUGGUAUUCUUGAAACCGACCUGUUAUUAUCUACAUUUGCCAAGGUAUGGUUACCCCGCUUUGAAUUGAAGGAUUUACAGGAAUAUGAUGCUCUAUUGGAUGAACCGGACUGGGAUAUCUUUUAUUGGGCUACAGAUAAAAAACCCGUACCCCCCAGAUGGCAAAACUCAAAGGUCUUGGAGAUGAUUAAACAACAUGCCAAAAAUGAAGACAAGAAAGUGCUUCGUAUGCCAAAUUUAGAAAAGGAUUGAAAAAAUGAGAAAGUGUGUGUGUGAGAGAGAGGCCGAAUAUGGUUUAAACUGAAAUAAAAAAAAAACGAGACUCUAACUAUCUUUAUGGAAAGUGAAGAAAAUAAAGAUAUGCCUUAUCGGCUUGCAUUAUGCAUGUUAUUAAGGGCUGAAAGGGGGGUUAUGUAAAACAGGGUACUAUAUAAAUAUAAAUAUAUAUAUAUAUAUAUAGAAGAGGGGUUAGCAUUACAAAAAGUCUUCUUUUUUUUUUAUUUUAUCUCUUUUAUUUCCCAC